UCGGCAUCUUCAGUCAUGGCCUCUCUCUUUCAUCUCUUUCUCUACAUCACCCUUCUUCACACCUCCAUCAAUGGAUUCGAUGGCCAUUCCAUUAAACCACCUAUCACUGCACGUCCUUAUUUCAGUUGCGGCGGCGGCGGCGUCUUCCGCUACCCAUUUUGGCACCAAGAUCAACCGUCGGAGCACUGUGGAUACCCGGGCUUCGGGAUCUCCUGCGGUGGCGAUGGCGGUGGCCCUGUUCUCCGCCUCUCCGGCGAUGCCUACAGCAUCAUGAAGAUCAAUUACUCUGAAAAUACGCUUACCCUCCGCUACGUCGAUAUAAACAAUGGGAGUUGUCCCCGGGCACCUCAUGGUGUUACAUUGGACAACUCUUCCGCUUUCAGCUACACUGCACGUAAUAACAUGCUGCGUUUCUUCUAUAACUGCACGCUUUAUCCACCUUCACUGCCGUCUAUGGAGUGUCUUCGGCAUGGGACGAAGCGCUCUUAUGUGUUUAUGGUGGGAGCAGUGCCGGAGUUCGACUGGAGUGGGUACUGUGAAACGACUGCGACUGUGCCGGUGAUUGAGAAGUCGGUUGGUGGAGAUUUGGUUGAUGAUUUUGGUAGAGGCAUACGAGAAGGGUUCGAGCUAACGUGGAGGUCUGACGGUGGUUGUCGUUCGUGUGAAGACAGUGGCGGAUUCUGUGGAUACGGCGGUGGCGAUCUUCACCGGAAUUUCUUCUGCGUUUGCUCCGGCGGCCGCCGUUCAUCUAACUGUCACGAUAACGGUGUGGUUCCAAUCAAUAUUCUCCAGCCAAAUUUCGCUGCCAUUGGCACAGUGGUGUUUGGAGGUUUAAUGGUAGCAGCAACAUUUUUUUAUUUCAUCCAGAGAAGGAAAAUUGGCUUAUACAAACCAGUUGGUCCUGUCAAAUAGAACAAUCUUCUCAAUUGACAUGUAAUUUGAUGAAGGGCCAUAGACUUGAACCAUGUCUAAUUUAGUAAUUUCUGAUUAAGUCACUUUGUAAUUUGAUAAAAGUUUGUGAAAUAUGUUCAUAAAUUCCAAGGAAAUGAUUUUAUUUUUAUCA